AUGACAACCGCUCAUAUUACUCCUCUACAGCAGGACCUUUCGGUCACGACCACGAGUCCGGUUGUCCAACUACAUUGUAGUCCCCCGGAAUCUUUAUCGUCCGGUCAUACAAGUCCUAGCGCGGAACAUCGUCGGUCAGUCGACCCAUCGGCCGUCGUUGGCGCCAAUUUCCCCAAACAGACCAAUCGCCGCGCUUCAAUUUUUAGGAAGUUGGCGGGUCCACGCGAGAACGCAAAGCGAUUCCUCCGCCUGGGGGGUUCCGUCCGCGCUCAAUCGCCACCAUCGAUCCGCUCAAUGUCCCGUACACAGCGUCCCCGUCCGGUCUCCGAGAUCGUAUUGUCUCCCGAAGAUGCACGAAUGCUCGCCUCUACUAGUUUAGGAGCCGGUUUAGGAACGGGUAGAAUGCGCUCCCACUCCUCUUCUACCGGAUCGGUAAAUCAGUCUUCUGCGGGGUCCGUAACGAGUGCGCCGUCAUCGGACUCGAUGGGACCGUUUCCGACGCUACGCCACGAGAAAAUUGUUGCAACAGGAAGUGGUAUCACGGUGGGCAUUGCCCUCACGGAGCCUGUGCUAUACCUGCAGGGAUACGAUCAUAAUGACCCGAGCACCAAGAAAUUCGCCAUUCUACGCGGUCAGUUGCAUCUCAAGGUCACCAAAAGCGUCAAGAUCAAGAAGAUAUCGAUCUGCUUCCGUGGCCAUGCACAAACCGAUUGGCCUGAGGGAAUACCACCUAAAAAGGUACAUUACCAUGAUAAGAAGGACCUGGUCACCCAUGGUAUGAUGUAUUUCAAUCACGGUGAUUCGGUUCUGCCGCAGAAUGACUACGGAGCAAACUUUUAUCAGCAUGCUAAACCGGUCGCCUCCGUUACUGGCAAGGAUGGUAGCCCAGUAACUAUUACCCGCGAAAUUUUCUCAAAAUCUGGAUCCUCAACCUCUCUCGGUAAUGGCCACCCUACGAGCAAGGAGCUUAAACGCCUCUCUCUUCAAUCCAAUCACUCUCGCAGCUUCGGGAAGAACGAUCCGCCCCCUAGCGUAGUCGCUCAUCCACAGCGCAACUACCGCAUGUUUCCCGUCGGUGAUUACCUGUAUAAUUUCGAGUUCACGAUCGAUGGCUCCCUUCCAGAGACCAUCAAGACAGAUCUAGGUUAUGUUCGGUAUGAUUUGGAAGCCAUCGUGGAACGAUCAGGCGCGUUCCGCCCUAAUCUUCUAGGUAACCUUGAAGUGCCGGUCAUUCGCACGCCGGCUGAGGGCUCCUUGGAACAGGUCGAGCCGAUCGCUAUUUCCCGCAACUGGGAAGACCAGUUGCACUAUGACAUCGUUAUCUCAGGGAAAUCCUUCCCAUUAGGCAGCCAGGUCCCCAUUGCAUUUAAGUUAACACCGCUAGCCAAAGUCGAAUGCCACCGGAUUAAAGUCUAUGUAACGGAAAACAUACAGCAUUGGACGGCAGACAAGAGCGUCCACCGCUUCCAGCCGGCCAAGAAGGUGCUACUGUUCGAGAAACGAGCUGAUUCAGCCAGCACGAGUACAUACCCAGGCAGCUCAAUGCGCGUCACGGCAGGUGGUGGGAUUGACUGGGAUCAUCGUGCAGCUGCUGCGAGGGGCGAUGAGAUUGUGGACCGGAACCGAACAAAUCUCUUGGGAAAUUUGGCUAGCGACUCCGGCGUGGGUCCGACCGAAAUGGAGUUUAAUGUCCAACUCCCGAGUUGUCAUGAGAUGAAAAACCGGGAUGAGUCUCACAAGCUACACUUUGACACAACGUACGAAAACAUACAGAUCAAUCAUUGGAUCAAGAUUGUCCUUCGUCUCUCUAAGGUGGACGAAAGAGAUCCGACUAAGCGGAGACAUUUCGAGAUCUCUAUCGAUUCUCCAUUUCACCUACUUUCGUGCAAGGCCACACAGGCCAACAUUUAUCUCCCAGCAUAUACCUCGCCAAAUUCGGAUCCUGCGCCGCCUGCCCAGGAAUACGAAUGUGGGUGUCCAGGAGCCGCCGCGCUCAAUAGAGCCAGCUCGAACGGCCACUCUCCGUGCUCUGAGGCAGAGGAACCGCCGACUAGAGCAGUUAACCGAAGUUUCACGAAUGGCUCUGGCGGCUUGGCACGACCUCCCCAGGCGCAUUUGGCCCACGAGCCAAGCGACCGUGCAGAUGAGCCUCCACCGCGUCCUAUGCAUCUUCUCCGCGCCCCGUCAUUUGCUCCACCGGCAUUUGAAGAUGUUCCACCACCGCCACCUCUCAUAACACCGCCUCCUGAAUACACUUCUAUAGUCGGCAAUAACGACCGGGAGACGGUGCUGGAGGAUUAUUUCUCUCGGCUAUCGUGUUAUGAGGAAACUGCCGAUGACCCACGGGGCCUCGGACGGGUUGAUGUGCCUUUGACCCCUGGAGGGCGGGUGAACCGCAGUAUGGACGUCCCUCGGGAGUGGGUUCGCCUGGACCAGUCGACCGUCUAA